UUUCUCCACUUCGCCGUUGUCCCCUCUUCUUCUGCCCUAUCUUAUUUUCUCUCUCCCUUCUCUCCGGUUUCGCCACCUCUCACGUCGGCGCCGCCCUCUUACACCGCCGUCCGUACACCAAAAUCCCCCUAUUAUUUCCAGAUUCCGGCAACCCCUUCCCGAUCUCCUUUCACCUCGAUCGAAGCCCAAAAACCCUUUUCUCUCCCUUUAACAUUUUCACUAAUUCAAUUCAAUACUGGUUUUUUGUUUUUGUCUUAGUGAAAUUACAUUUCUACCCUUAUUCCUAACAGAUCGCAAAUUCUUCCGAUUUGUUUGUUUUUGCUUUCCUUGACGGUUUUUCUCUCACUCCUAACGGAGAAUAUUUUUUUUUAUGAUGAAAAUCUUGUUGCUGACGUGGCGUCCGUUGGAUACUUGAUUGAAUAAGUUGUGUUAGUGAAACGGACGGUGGAGAUGAGUCAUUACUCACGGCGAAUCUUGACACCCGGAGCGUAUCGUAAGCGGAAAGAGAGAGAAGAGACGUUUUACCCAUCACAGCCGUCAAGUCCAGUGAUGGCCGUUAGUGGGACGAGGGAUACGACGUCGUCGAAGCAAGCGGAUCCCGUCUCAUCAACCCGGCUUCUAGCCGGGUACAUGGCUCACGAGUUCUUAACCAGAGGAACGCUGUUGGGUCAAGAGUUCGACCCGGCCCGCGUCGAAGCCGUUGCGGUAAACAAGACGAGUGAGCCGAGAAGGGGCAAGCCGGGUCACGGGUUGGAGCCGAGCCAGAGCUACGCCGAGGUUGCGGGCUUGCUGAAGAGCGAUGGGGCCCGCAUUGUUGGCAUAGUCAAUCCGACGCAGCUGGGUCGUUGGAUUCAGAUGUGACAGCAAGGCAAGACGGUUGGGUUACUUGGAAGCCUCUGAUUGGAUGAUGCCAAUUCUGCAUGGCAAUGAAAACCCAGAUAGAAAUCAACGUUAUUUUGUUUUCAUUUCUACUAUUCUGCAUACAAGCUUUCAAUUUUCAAUGUUAAAAUUUCAAUUUUUGUUGUCACUUUGUAUACGCCCGGUGUGUGCAAAUUAAACUGCAUUGGCUGUUAAAAAGUUUCUAUAAGAUGAGAUUCUUGAAACCUUAUAUAUUUU